CAAAAGUCAAAAUUUGAUUUUAGAUUAGCGCUUAUCUGUAGGUAAAAACUUUAAAAAGUAACAAAAAUAAAUAAGCUAUAUAAGGCCUAUUUAAUUAAUUAUGUCCGAAAAUGGAUCUGCUGGAGAGCAAAGUGAAGAUGGAGAAUUGGGUCAAAGCCCCGUUGAUCCUAAACAAAUGCCAGAACAAGAAACUGUAGAAUUAAGUGGUUCAGAGGAGGAAGAAGGCGAGGCUGUAGACUCACUAGAUAUUAAACCACCACAAGCUAAAUCAUCCUCUCAUGUCUCCUCAUCUAAGAGUAAAAAGAAAGAUCAAGAUAGGAGGAAGAAGUCUGAUCGCCAUAGGGAUGAAAGAUAUCUACAUAGAGAAAAACAUAGGGAGAAAUCAAGUCGUUCUUUAAAAGAUCGUGAACUUCAUCAAAGAGAAAAAGAUAGAUAUUAUAGAGAAAAACAUUUUGAACAGUCCAAUUAUGAUGGACAUUAUAGAGACAGGCAAGAGGACAAAGCAAGGAGCAGACAUUCUGAAAUGAAGAGACAUGAUGACAAAAAGCUAAGUAAGGACUUACGACACAAAGAUUCGGACAAACACAGUCGUGACUAUUAUGAUGAUUCCAAGAGAAGCAGAGCUGACAAAGCCUUGCACGAUUUCAGAGCACGAUUACUCAGUAAAAGAUCCAAUAAAGGUGAUGAUGAAGUUGGACAUUCUAGGCAUAAAUCUUCACAUAAAGAGAGAAAACACAAAUCUCGCAAUGUUGAUCCAUUGGGAGGCGAGGCAGGAAUAUUAGUUAAAGAAAUUAUUCAUAUCACCACUGAGGAUAAAAAGCAAAGAAAAGAUAAGGAUGAAUCAAAAAUGACCGAAGAGGAACGGGCUGAACAGGAACAGAGAAAGCAAAAAUUCAUGGAAGCAGAACGAGAAAUGGCCAGGUUAAAAGAGCAAUCCCGAAUGGAAAGAGAGCGUCGUCAUUUGGAGAAGGCAACUAAAAGGAAAUUAGACGAGGAUAUUUAUAGAAAGCGGCAAAAAUUAGAAGAUGCGGCUGUCAUAGUGUCUGACAAUUCAGAUUUGGAGCCAGAAGUUUAUCAACACAAGACAUACGAAAGUGAUCACAGUCCUGCUUAUGACAAGAGCCCUUCAGUUCAUAGCGAUUCCUCCAGGGACAGUUCACGGUCUAAAGGUGACGGUAGUCCAUAUUCCGAUAAGAGAUCAGUAACAAGAAGUCGAAGUAGAAGCCGAAGUCGUAGUCCAAGUAUCAGUAGAAGUGAAAGUGACAGAUCGAGGUCAAGAUCUGCUUCAGGUUCGAGGACGCCGAAGAGUGACGAUAACGACGAUGACAUGGAGAUGGAUAUGAAAGAUAAAGAUGACAAAGCGACAGAUAAGCCAAAACCGAAAGUUGAUGAGUCUUUACCACCAUAUCUUCCUGCUGUACAGGGUUGCAGAUCAGUCGAGGAAUUCCAGUGCCUAAAUAGAAUAGAAGAAGGAACAUAUGGUGUGGUGUAUAGAGCUAGAGAUAAAAGAACCGACGACAUUGUUGCCCUUAAAAGACUGAAGAUGGAAAAAGAAAAGGAAGGUUUUCCCAUAACAUCCUUGCGAGAGAUCAACACUCUUCUCAAAGGUCAACAUGCUAAUAUAGUCACAGUUCGAGAAAUAGUUGUUGGUAGCAACAUGGACAAGAUUUUCAUAGUUAUGGACUAUGUCGAACAUGACCUAAAAUCUUUAAUGGAAACUAUGAGGCAUAAGAAGCAACAUUUCAUGCCGGGAGAGAUAAAAUGCCUGCUGAGGCAACUACUUUUAGCUGUAGGUCAUCUUCACGACAAUUGGAUACUUCACAGAGAUUUAAAAACUUCCAAUUUGCUGCUGUCUCACAAAGGAAUUUUGAAAGUAGGAGAUUUUGGUUUGGCUAGAGAAUACGGAUCUCCUUUAAAAGCUUACACACCUAUAGUUGUUACUUUAUGGUACAGAGCACCAGAACUGCUGUUGUGUGCAAAGGAAUAUUCCACACCUAUCGAUCUUUGGUCAGUCGGAUGUAUUUUUGCUGAGUUACUCUUGAUGAAUGCUCUGUUUCCAGGAAAAUCUGAAGUCGAUCAGCUAAAUAGGAUAUUUAAAGAUUUAGGUACUCCAAACGAAAAGAUAUGGCCCGGCUUCAACCAACUACCCGCAGUUAAAAAAAUGAAAUUUAAUGAGUAUCCAGUAUCUAACCUUCGUGGAAAAUUUAAUACUCUCAGUGAAGUAGGUAUCGGACUUCUUAUCAAGUUCUUAACGUACGAUCCGAAAGAAAGAGUUACAGCCGAAGAUGGUUUAAAGCAUGCCUACUUUACCGAACCUCCGUUACCAAUUGACCCGGCAAUGUUCCCCACGUGGCCGGCCAAAAGCGAGCUAGGACACAAGAGGGCGUUGGCUGCUAGUCCAAAGCCACCGUCUGGCGGAGGAGAGUAUAAGAAAUUGGGAAGAGAUGGAGAUGAUGACGGGUAUGGUUUCCGGUUAGGAAUGGGAAUGGAUAAUAGGAGAGGAGGACCAGGGUUUAGCUUAAAGUUCUAAGAAUAAAAUAGUGUAUAAAGCAUAUUUUAAGUGUAUUUAUGGUAUUAUAAUAAGUAUAUAUUAAAGAGUUUCAUUAUCGUU